ACAUCCAAAGUUUCAAUUUCAAAACAUUCUACUACAACAAUUAUUCUAAACUUUCAUUUCUAAAGAACACAGACAGGCAAAAACAGAAGAAGGAAUCUCAAAUUCAUGAGUAGCGCUACACACAUUAUUACCCUUACAACAAGAUUUCAAUUUAAUGAUGUCUUGAACAAAAUAUCUCAAAUUCUUCAAAAAGCACAAAAGAACCAAAGUUCAAGGCGAUCAUUGAGGUUAAUCUUAAAGGAUUUAUCUCCCGUUGUACAAGAUAUAAAGCAAUACAAUGAUCAUUUGGAUCACCCCAGAGAAGAAAUAAAUAGUCUGAUAGAAGAAAAUGAUGCAGGAGAAAGUGCAUGUACAUGUUCUUCUGAGAAUGAUUCCUAUGGCUAUGUUGUUGAGGAGAACCAAUCUCUUACUGUAAAUGAUGUUGAAGAGACGCUUUAUAAGACCAGAGAAAUUCUUGAGCUUCUCAACCAUGAAUUCAAUGAAGAUGGACAACUUUUCAAGCGUCCUUUCAAUGUUCCUGAAAAUCAAAAAUUCACUGUUGGGUUGGAUAUACCAUUUAGCAAGUUGAAAAUGGAGCUUCUGAGGGGUGGUAGCUCCACACUUGUGUUGACUGGUUUAGGAGGAUUGGGGAAAACCACUCUGGCUACAAAGCUUUGUUGGGAUGAAGAAGUUAAUGGUAAAUUCAAGGAAAACAUUAUAUUUGUCACCUUCUCAAAAACACCCAUGCUGAAGACUAUUGUAGAGAGAAUACAUCAACAUUGUGGAUAUCCAGUGCCUGAGUUUCAAAGUGAUGAAGAUGCUGUCAAUAGGUUAGGACUUCUGUUGAAGAAAGUUGAGGGAAGUCCACUAUUGUUGGUUCUGGAUGAUGUUUGGCCAAUCUCAGAGCCCCUUGUUGAGAAAAUUCAAUUCCAGAUAUCAGAUUUCAAAAUUCUGGUGACCUCAAGAGUUGCAUUUCCAAGGUUUAGCACAACAUGUAUCUUAAAACCUCUUGCUCAUGAAGAAGCAGUGACGCUUUUCCAUCAUUAUGCUCAGAUGGAAAAAAAUAGUUCAGAUAUCAUCAACAAAAAUCUUGUCGAAAAGGUUGUUAGAAGUUGUCAAGGUUUACCGCUUACCAUUAAAGUAAUUGCUACAUCACUCAAAAAUCGGCCUCGUGACAUGUGGCGAAAGAUAGGGAAAGAACUAUCACAAGGUCAUUCUAUUCUUGAUUCUAAUACUGAUUUACUUACUCGCCUCCAAAAGAUCUUCGAUGUUUUAGAAGAUAAUCCCACAAUCAUGGAGUGCUUCAUGGACAUAGCCUUAUUUCCCGAAGACCAUAGAAUUCCUGUCGCUGCUCUCGUUGAUAUGUGGGCAGAGCUGUAUAGACUAGAUGACAACGGAAUACAAGCAAUGGAAAUCAUCAACAAAUUAGGCAUCAUGAAUUUGGCUAAUGUCAUAAUACCAAGGAAAAAUGCAAGUGACACGGACAAUAACAACUACAAUAAUCACUUCAUCAUCCUUCAUGAUAUUCUAAGAGAACUUGGAAUUUACCAAAGCGCCAAGGAACCAUUUGAGCAAAGAAAAAGACUGAUUAUUGACAUUAAUAAAAAUAAAAGUGGGCUCGCGGAGAAGCAGCAAGGCUUGAUGACCUGUAUAUUGUCAAAGUUUAUGAGAUUGUGUGUUAAACGGAAUCCUCAACAGCUCACUGCCCGUAUAUUGUCGGUAUCAGCUGAUGAAACAUGUGCGUUCGAUUGGUCUCAAAUGGAACCAGCUCAGGUUGAGGUUCUGAUUUUAAAUCUUCAUACCAAGCAGUACUCAUUACCCGAGUGGAUUGCAAAAAUGAGUAAACUAAGAGUUCUGAUAAUCACAAACUACGAUUUCCAUCCUUCUAAACUGAACAACAUUGAGCUUCUCGGUUCUUUACAGAACCUGGAAAGAAUCAGAUUAGAGCGGAUUUACGUUCCUUCCUUCGGCACAUUGAAGAAUCUGAAAAAACUAUCUCUCUACAUGUGUAACACAAUACUGGCUUUUGAAAAGGGUAGCAUCCUAAUUUCAGAUGCAUUUCCAAAUCUAGAAGAAUUGAACAUUGAUUACUGCAAAGAUUUGGUGGUAUUACCAAUUGGUAUCUGUGAUAUCUUCUUACUAAAGAAGCUCAGGGUUACUAAUUGCCACAAGCUUUCUUCACUUCCCCAAGAUAUUGGAAAAUUGGAGAAUUUGGAACUUCUAAGCCUCAGUUCAUGUACUGACUUGGAAGCUAUACCGACUUCCAUUGGAAAGCUGUUAAAUCUAAAACAUCUUGACAUUUCAAACUGCAUCAGCCUUUCAAGUUUACCUGAGGAAUUUGGUAAUUUGUGCAAUCUAAAGAAUCUGGACAUGGCAAGUUGUGCAAGUAUUGAAUUGCCAUUCUCAGUUGUCAAUCUUCAGAAUUUGAAGACGAUAACCUGCGAUGAAGAGACGGCUGCUACAUGGGAAGAUUUCCAGCAUAUGCUUCCCAAUAUGAAGAUAGAGGUUCUUCAUGUUGAUGUUAACUUAAAUUGGCUUCUUUGAAUGACUUUUGUAUAGCAUAUAAUUAAAAUUCUUUUGUAAUAUUUUGUAAUUUCUUUUUGUAUAAAUACAUGAUUUGUAUUAGCUAUUCUCAAUCAAUAAAUUCAAUUUUUAAUUUUUUUAUCA